GCUCUGCAUGCAGUGGGUGAGCGGUGGAGUGUUUGGAGGCGGAGAGUCGGUCGGCUCGCUGUGGAGCGGAGUCGGGCAGCAGGAGGAGCCGACGCCGACAGAAAAGAGCGAUUCAAAGAAAGACAUGAACGUCGCUCAAAUGCACAAAAUUGCGCUUUGAGUUGCGCCGAGAGAAGCAGGUGGAAAAGGUUCCCGUGGAGCCGUGGACGCGGAUGGUGCUGACUACGGACACGGCGGAAGAAAAAAAUACAACAACAAAAACAGCGACACAGAAAAUAACAGCAAAGGGAAUCGGCAAGAGGAAAGGAGCCAGGCUUAGUAUGUUAUUGGAGAAAGUGACUGUGCACUGGCAGCCUCCUCCAUGUUAAUGUAAUGGAAACACGCUUUUGGUCUGUAGUGUCUGAAAUGCAUCAGCGGAAAUAUAUCAGUAACUCCCAUGGCUAAUUGUAUCGAGUGGUGGCGGCGCGAGUUUGCCAGUGGAUGCACUCAAGAGCCGGGUGCCCUGCCAUGCCCAGCGCCAUGCUAAGGCAACACACUCAUAAUAACAAGGAGCGCUCAGUUCAACCAGUGGGAAAGCUGUGGAAAAAGUUGGUGGAAAAUCUAUGGUUUGAGCCUCGAUUUUGAUUUCCUUUUUUUUAUUUUGACCUAGAUAUUCUGUAACGCACCACAGCUCAGCUGCCAUCUGCAGCAGCUCUGCUUUUUUCCCUCUUACUUUCACUCCUUCACUCCGGCUUCUUCUUGACACCAGCGCCAAGGACGGCUGAACUGCUUUCCGAGAGGUACAUUUGCCAGCUAAAGAAAUGGAUGUUCGACUUCACAGCCAGCCUUGGUCGGAGUUGAAAAUGUGAGGGGCAGAAUGAGGGGAGCCCUAUGAAGCGGAGGAAUAGGUGGAACAGCAGCACGAGAUCAAAAUGGCCCAAACCAGUUUGCUGCAGGGGAAGCGCUUUUACUGCCGGGAGUGGGUCUUCCACAAGAUCCAGCAUUGCCUCCAGGAGAAAACCAACAACCUCAGCGGAGGCCAGCACUCCCAGCAAGCAGCCCCCGCUGACGCCCGGCGGGGGGCCUCCAACCCCGGCAUCCUCACAGCAGGAUCCGUAAAAUCGGGUAGCUCCUGGGGCGUGUUGCUGGUGGGAGGACCAGGAAGCGGGAAAACUGCGCUGUGCACGGAGCUCUUGUGGCCCACGUCUGCCCAGGGCACCCACCGCGGUCUGCACCAGCAGAGCCUGGCUUUCCACUUCUGCCGGGCGGACGACUCGGACACGCUGUGUGUCGGCGGCUUCAUCCGAGGUCUGGUGGCUCAGAUUUGCCGCAGCGGGUUGGUGGCGGGAUACGAGGAGAAGGUGCGUGACCCAGCUGUGCAGAGCGCUCUGCAGCCUGGAGAGUGUGAGAGGAACCCCACAGAGGCUUUCAAGAGAUGCAUCCUGUUGCCUCUUCAGGGUGUGAAGCCUCCUCAGCAGGCGCUCUUCCUGCUUGUGGACUCCAUCGAUGAGGGCUGUCAGCUGGGCGAGGGGGAGCAGAGGUCGUCCCCCGGCUCCCCCAGAACCAUCGCUGAGCUUCUGGCCAGCCAUCAUGAGUUCCUGCCCCCCUGGCUGCUGCUCAUCUGCUCUGCACGUCGACAGAACAAGGCCAUCACCAAACUCUUCACAGGUAAAUAGUCCGGCUGUGCCAGC